GUAAGCGCACGAACCGCCAGGAGCGACGACACGGCCGACGGGAAUCGCGGUCUCGUUCUCGCCGGAGACGUCCUCGGCGUCGGGAUGACUCCUAUAGCUACGACUACUACUCGCCUUCGCCGCGGCCGCGGCAUCGACGUCGACGACGAUGA